UGAUACCGGUAUAUAUCGUCUACAAUAUAACACAAUAAAAAGGACCCAAGAGCUCUUUUUAUGCUAAUCAUUUAAGGGUAGUGUAAUUGUAGUAUUCAUUGACGAAUUAUUGAAAUGAAUGCAGGUAACAAGUCAGAGGCUAAAGACUGGAUGCUGAAUAUUCUACUGGAGCUACAAAAGGGAAACUUUGACAGCGAACGGGCACUUAAAAUAGAAGACUUGUAUGGCAGCUGGGGGGCGACAUAUGUUUUUCAUGUGGGCAUCUACCUGUGGCCCAUACAGAUACUGGUGACUGCGAUCAUGUUCGUCAUCUUCAGACGGAGGAAGCUAUUAGGAGUGACCCAGAAGUUCAUCAUAUUGAUAAUGACGAUAGACCUAUGUUUCACAUUGACCUCAGUCAUUCGUGAUAUUCUGCUUAGGGUGUUCCGAUUGGAUUACGGUUUCGUGGAGUACCGUGUUUGUCCCGAGGUCAUGUUUACAUUACGUUUACAAAUGGUAUUUCAUGCCACUUCUGUGUGGCUGAACACAUUGAUGUCCCUACACCACUUCAUACUGGUUGGCUACCCACUAAAAGCCCGAACUUUUAACUUGUCAGCUUUCUUUUUCACGUUUAUCGUCACUCACCUUGUGGUAUGCUGUACUGUUUUCCUAUUUCUGAUGUCAAAUGAUUACCAAACAAUUCCUUUAAUACAAAAAUUCAUACGCGGCCACCCUCUGAAGAGAAUAGAAGGAUGUGUUGUACAUAUUAAGGACAUGUUUGGGGAGUACGGUCACUAUAGUUGGAACCUUUUGACAGCGUAUGCCAUGCUUUCGUAUGCUCAGCUCAUUCCCUGCUGUCUUCACGUCAUCAGUUGGCAUCGGGAAACCCCUCAACCUUCUUAUCUAUGCCAGUCUCAGCACUACAUUUAAGCAAGAUUUAAAAGGUCUUCUGUUAAAAAUCUGUUGCCUGUGUGGAAGUAAAGCUAUCCAAACUAAAGAGCAGAACCAGAGCAAACCAAUCCAGGAAAAAAAAGUAGAAGGUUCACAGAAUAGCCAACCAUUAUAUACUGUUAUGACACAAAAUACGUCAUGUUCAGAAAAAUUGAUGUCAUAAUUCUUUUAAAAUAGGCUAAUCUGAUAUACUGAAUUUUCGGCGUAAGAUUGCAUCUCUAAUGCAAACAAGACAACGCCCCCUUUGGGUUUUUUUUGUAUUAAAAAUGCCUUCUAUUGUCAAUAUAUCAUUUUUUGCAUGAAUAUUAAAAUAAGUUUUACACUGUAUUUACAGGAAAUGCAAUUUAAGAAACCUACAAUAUUAUGUUGUAAUCAUGUUUUCCUAAUUCCUACUAUGGAUUAAUCUUUUACUAAAGGUUGAUCCAUCAAUUCUGAUUUUGAUACGGAUUGAAUGCUUAUUACAAAUGAAUAGAACAUUCAAAUUCAGUGAAACGUAUCGUAUAAAUAUAUAGGAAGUGCAGUUCUAUACUAUGUAGAUUU